AAUCGACUAGCACUCCACGAACGUCGUCGAACUCCGCACCGGAUAGUCCUUCUUCUCGCAAAACUCCAUGUGGCGUCGGGCCUCUGCAAAUUGGUGUUCCUCGGCUGAGAAUCCAUGAGAUUGCGAAUGCAUCCGGAUUGAGCUUGGUAUCAUGACGAUGGCAAAAUCAUGCGCAUGGCUAGAUGAUCAGUAUAGUGAAGCAGUAGAUGAUAAGACACCCACAGUCGGGUGUAUUGCCUCCAGCUGCUCGAGGCGGUGCUUUUUAGCGACUUUCGCCCGCCAGCUUGACCUGUUCCAAAUCUACCAAAACUCCACGAACGUCGUCCAAGUACAUCUCCAAAUGUGCCGGGCAGCCCUGCUUCUCGCAAAAUUCCACGCAGCGUCGAGGCCUCCGCAAGGUGACGUUCCUGGGCUGCGAAAGCGACCAGAUUCAAGCGGGCACCUUGUCAAUGAAUGGCUAAUUGGUGUGCGUCGUCCUCUUCACAGGGAUGAAACUACGGAAUUCCUUCCCGCCGACGAGUUCCAUCGAAAGGAUGCGCACGGUCUUGUUUCCUUGCGAGGGUAUGGACAUCGUGGAAGUGCAGCACGUUGGUGUCUUGAAGGCGACGGUAGACUUCGACGUCGUGCGACACGGAUAUGUUGAGGAGAAUGAAAGCGUCGAUGAACGAGCUAUAUCUACGCGACGAGUGUGUCUUGAGAGAUGGCUGGGACGUGCACGGUCCGUGCGCGUACGACUUUGCGCGUGCUGCAGAUGCCGGUCGUCGAGAGACAGCGAAGAGGGACAUGUGGCAGUUGAUAAAUGUCUUGAGGUGAUGUUGACGAGACGUUGUUCACCGUCCUGGUAUCGAGGUUUCUUGAUUUCGGUCGCCAGAGGUGGUUCGUUAGGGUGGAAGUUGGAAAGAGGCGCUAAAGUAGAGGCUCAAAUGUCCACCAAUUUAUUCUGAAACUAGACAGAUUACCUGCAGCUGUGUAGGUGCCUCGGGUUAGCGAACCAUCGUUUCUCGCAGUCGCCGUCUUCAGUGCUCGACAUUGUAUUCAAGAGAGGGAUGAUGGUACGGACGACGGACCGGUGUCGUGGGAAUAAU